UUCCUGAGCAGACAGAGAGAGAGAGAGAGAGAGAGAGAGAGAGAGAGAGAGAGAGAGAGAGAGAGAGAGAGACGUAGGGGUAGAGAGUGGAGGCAAGAGAAGGGGGAUAGUUGUGUAGCAGUCAAGACUAAGAUUUAGUGACAGGGCUGAAAGUCCAAGGUUUCAAGGCUGGGGGAGGAGGAAGGAGGACGUCUACCGUUUGGAAUGAAAAUUGGUAGACAGUCAGUAAGCAACAAGAACUUACAGAAGGAACCACAGAAACGUUGGACAGACCUUCUUUAUUCAAGGCAAGGGAGACCCAGAAGCAAAGACCAGCGAAAGGACUUCCAAACAGUGACUGUACAAUGGAGGAAGAACCCCAGAGUUAUGAAGAGGCCAUUAACAGGGCAGCCGGGGCACUCACUCGUUUUCCUUUGAUCGAGGUGCAAGGUGUACCUCUCAUGAACCUCAUCGCUGAGAAGUGGAGCUCCAUCUGGUCUUUCCAGCCAGAUCCGUCUGACCUGCUCAUCGCCACCUACCCCAAAGCAGGCACCACCUGGACCCAAGAGAUAGUGGACUUGCUACUGCACAAUGGAGAUGCAAAGGCUUGUAUGAGAGCUCCUACUGUUGAGCGUAUCCCCUUCUUGGAGAUCCAAGCUCCUCCACCUAUUCCGUCAGGCCUUGAACUGCUCAGUUCCAUGAAACCUCCCAGGGUCAUCAAGACACACCUGCCCAUCCAGCUUGUGCCUGAGGGAUUCUGGACAAAUAAAUGCAAGGUCAUUUAUGUGGCUCGGAACGCUAAAGACAACCUGGUCAGCUACUACCACUUUGACCGCAUGAACCUGACUCAGCCAGAACCAGGUCCCUGGGAUGAGUACAUCCAUAAGUUCAUGAGGGGAAAAUUGGCGUGGGGCUCUUGGUAUGACCAUGUGAAAGGUUACUGGAGGGAAAGAGAGAAGAGGAAUAUCCUUUACCUUUUCUUUGAGGACAUGAAGGAGGACCCUCGUCGGGAGGUGGAGCGGAUCAUGCGCUACAUGGACUUGUCGGUAACCGAUGAUGUCAUUGACAAAAUUGUGCAGCUGACGUCUUUCAAAGUCAUGAAGGACAAUCCGAUGGCCAACUACACGUUCCUCCCAAAGGUAGUGUUUGACCACUCCAUCUCUGCGUUCAUGAGAAAAGGGGAGGUUGGAGACUGGACCAACCAUUUCACUCCAGCUCAAUCCCAAAUGUUUGAUGAGGACUACGCCAGACAAAUGGCAGACGUGGACAUUCCCUUUCGCACCAGCAUAUAAGCAUUUACUCCUACGAGAACCUGUCGAAGCAGCACCUCAGCAAGCACUGGAGCAUCUCUGGAACUGUGAUCCUAGCAAGCAUGGACACACCAAGGACACACACAGGCUGCAUCUGUAUCACAAUCUGUUUUUUGAAAAAGUUUUCAGAUAUUUGAUUGAUCUUGAAAACCAAACAGUGAUUCCUGGGUGGAGGUUUAGCCUUUCUUUUAUAUCAAUAACAAAAUGUAUCUACAAGCCAAUAAGCCAAUGUAGCUUUUAGACCCACCACCCACUUUAUUAGAAACCUUUAACCUGUAGCUCCACCUUGCUGCUGCAAAGUUAGAGUGUUUUUCCACUUCAUAUUCAAAAACAAGACCCAAUAGAGAACCUAUGUAACUUACGGCUUCCUCAGUAGCUAAUUAGCUUCUUUUCUUGCUGGUUAGCUUAACUUACGGGUGAGUAUGAAGUUACACCAUGUCAAGUGCAAGUUUCCCAACUAGCUUAUGUCACCUUAGAUCAGUUCCCAGCUCUGGUCCUGGAGGACCCCCUGCACUGCACUUCUUAGUGUUUGCCCUGCUCCCAACUAAUCCAACUAAACGGUUAAUUAGCAAGCCCUUCCUGAGUUGAAAUGGGUGUGUUAAAGUAGGAAAACACAAAAAUAUGCAGGGCAGGGGUCCUCCAAGACCAGGGAUGGGAACUGCCUUAUAGAACUCCUUACAAAGUAAUAUUUCUAGAAAUAUUUGUUGACACUUCAGCAUGCAAUAUUAGUUUGCACUUAUUGAUCAUUUAAUAUUGCUUGGUGACUUUACCUGGAAGAGUUAAGAAUUUGCUAAAUUUGCUUGUCUUUUAACACAAAGGAGAACUCCCUUAAGCGCCAUUAGGUCCAGCUGAUAGCUGUCUCGAGCAGGUACCAAAAAAAAAUAAACUGGAACCCUCGGUAGUUGACCAGUGGGCAGUGGAGAAAGCACAGCUCCAGUUUUCUGGUGCCAAAGAUUCUGGUACUAUGUACUAUGUGGAAACACACCCUUAGAUACUGUAGCCAAGGGGUGCCCAAUCCUGGGCCUGGAGAUCUACCACCCUGGAGAGGUCUGAUCCAAGACAUCUGGCUCUAAUAUUCAGAUGCCCCUGAAGACCUUCAUUACCUGGAUCAGGUGUCCUAAACUCUGCAGAGUGGUAGAUCACCAGGACCACGAUUGAGCACCUCUACCGUAGUCCAUCUGCUGAUGCACAGUUUGUGCUGUCCAUCCUCCUCUAGCCCUUCAUCAAAUGUCAGUUUCUGACCACAGAACUUGAACACACCUGGUGAUUAACUGGUGAACUGAAUCAGGUGUGUUUUGGCAAAGAAAUCACUAAACUGUGCUGGUGUCUGGCCAUCCAGGACCAGAUCUGAUGACCUCUGGGGUGAUUGGGUAUGAUGGGGUGAUUGGGUAUGAUGGGGUGAGGUGGGGUGAGUGACAAAUUAAGGUGGAGUCUGUUAUUGUACACAUUUAUAGUGGACCCAUAAGACAGGUGGGCCUUAUAAAGUGUGCAGACAGUGGAGAUACGUGACAGGGGUUUCUAAAGGGGAUGGUGGGUGUAUUUUUAUAUUUGUAAUACUUAUAAACAAUUUUCUAGAAUGUAAAAUAAUAUCUAAUCAAGGUUUGCUGGCGCACGGCACAUAUGAAGCAAAAAAAAUCUUCCAAUUCAAACAAAACCAAAGCACUGACAUUUCUCCUGAAACACCAAAGAAAGUAGCAUAUCUGCCAUCAUCAAUCUGUGGGUGCAGACCAUGUCUUCACUUCAUCGAUUGUGGUUGGAGGAGUGAAUGCCAAUCUGUAGGAAAGGAAAACAUCUGGGGAUACUCGGACUGGAGUGGCUUGGAUCCCCCUUGCAGAUGACGGAGUGGUGGAGUCAUACAUGGAAAGGAAACCAUGAGUGAGAGCCAUAGUUGCGGUUGGGAGUUUCGGAUGUGGUCUUAUUCUUUUUUAACCAGACUUUAGUUACUGCAUCUGAACUCCAUUCGAUUGUGUUCCAUCAAUUUGCUGAAUGAAUGACCAAAACAGUGGAUUAAUAAACAGUUACAGUUCAUAA